CGACAGUCUCCAAUCCAUCCGAGCAAUUCCCAAGAUCUUCUCUGAAUUAAAUUCACGUGUUUGCGAAUGUUGGAAACAUGGGAGCAAAUACUAAAUAAUCAUCCUCUCGGAUACACCUCAUAAUCAUCUACGUUCAGAACUGUCCAUCACUAAUUGCCCCCCAUUUACCCAAUUACAGCAAACAGAGCCAAUAAUAACCGAUAAAUCAUGAUCACAAGUUGCAAUAGUGCCUGACAGUGCCUAAACCUAAGUUGAAAUAAUAAAAAUCAUUGGAGCCAGUGCCAAAUUACAUGUUUGGUUAGUUUUUAAUUAUCAAUACGAAUACGAGCCACUGCAAUUAAUUAUUUAAAAGUAAAAUAGAAUUACCAAAUCAUCUUCAAUUCAAUUUCAACUCCUGAGAUCCCAGUAAACUCCAUAAAAUCUCACCGAAAUGCUGAGGUAGUCAAUGAAAUAAUAAUAAUAAUAAUAACAAAUAACAAAAAUAAUAAUAAUAAACGGAUAAACAAAUAACGAGUGUCAGGAGCAAUAAAGCAAAGUGAACCCCUCAAUAACUAAAUGUCAUGAGAGCUCAUUACUCGUAAUAAUCCAUCUUCGUGAGUAAUUCGCAGGUUGGAAUAAUUUUUUCUACGUGUUCAUAAGUGUAAUACAUGUGCGAGCAAAUGGCCGACAACAACUGGACACGAAGUAUUGUCUGCCGGUGAGAAACAGAUAAAAUAUAUUCAACUGUUCAUUCUGUCGUCCAGUAAUUAACCAAUCGACUCAUGUUAUUACAAGAACGGUGCCUGCAGAGAGGAGGAGAAUUGUCGUUAUCGUCAUGCUGAUAAUCAGGAAUCAGACAUGGAGGACAAUGUCAGUAUAUCAGAGACAUCUCCAAAGGCAUCAGGAAGUGUUCCCUGUCGUUUUUUCAAGUGGGGCACGUGUAAAUUUGGUAAUCGAUGUAGAUUCAAUCACGUUCAAACGAAUCGUGAGCAGAAAUCUGAGAAAGAUGUCAAGACAAGUGAUAGAACAGUGGCGACUGCUUCUUCAUCAUUUCAUGGAUCUGUCAGUAGUACCACAAGCACGAGCUCGAAAGAGGGCAGUCGAUUGAACAAGCGGAGAGGUGAGGAGAUCCUUGGAAAGGAUAGGAAAAAUUGCAAACCUGAUGAAUGGGUUAAUGCACCCGAGUUUGUACCUUCUACCGGUGCAGACGGUCAGACGGUCUUAUAUCGAAGUCCGCCAGCAUCUUAUGCUAAAGCUGUUAGUAAUAGUGGGGCUACCGAGAAUCCUGGAUCUGUCCCAUUGUGCCCAUAUGCUGAGGCCAAUGGAGUCUGCAAGAGACUCGAUUGUCCGUAUUUUCAUGGAGAUAUUUGUGAACUUUGUGGGAGAGCUGCACUUCAUCCAUUCAAUAAGGAACUCAGCCAGAAACACACCAAUGAGUGCAUAAAACAACACGAGGCUGAUAUGGAGCUGUCAUUUGCUGUACAACGCAGUCGAGAUAAAGCAUGCGGUGUAUGUUUCGAGAUUGUUAUGGAAAAAUCAUCACGUGAGCAGAGAUUCGGAAUCCUCCCCAACUGUAAUCACUGCUUCUGUCUCAGUUGUAUACGCAAAUGGAGACAGGCCAAGCAGUUUGAUAACAAAAUAAUCCGCUCAUGUCCAGAGUGUCGUGUUGCCUCUGAUUUCGUCUGUCCCAGCGCUUAUUGGGUCGAUACUAAAGAGGAGAAAGAGAAACUCAUUGUUGACUACAAAAGUGCUCUUAGCCAAAAGGAUUGCAAGUACUUCAACAAGGGCCAAGGAAAAUGUCCAUUUGGAAAUAAAUGUUUUUACUUGCAUGCAUUACCCGAUGGUACCAAGACAGAUGUAGGACCCCCAGCUCGUCAAGCUUCAAAUGGCGAAGUUGAUCUUGAUUUCUUGCAGCAAUUACUCUUAUGGAACUUUUUCGAGGAAAGAGAAAACGGAUGGAUCUACAUGGACGAUCACGAUGAAGUGGUCGUUCUUUUCUCGGACUCCGAGGACUCUGAUUGGUCGCGAUUGGGUCCCUACGACUAAUUAACUGUUAAUAACAUUUAUUACAAUUUUUGUGUUUAUCAUUGUGCCUAUUUCGUAUUGCCUCGAGAAACGCAAAACACCAUUAUCAGCAUUGGCUAUUUUGAUGCAUAUCUCAAGAAAAAAAAAACAAGAAAUGAUACUCAUUACAUCCGUUCUGUACAUUCAACCUCACGACAAAGUUCUUCAUUUUUUUUUUCGUCGGAAAUAUGAGAUCACGAGAUACCAAUAAUCUGUGAUACAAUAUACUUCAAAAAUGCACCGUAUGUUUCUCGUAAUAAAAAAAAAAAUAGAUUCUGCCCCUGGGGUUCCAAUGAAGAUUCAAUUACAAGAUUCAUAUUUAUUUAAAAAGCCAAUUCUCGUUUUCUCAGCUCGUAAAGACUUAAAACAAUGACAAAAAAACAUAAAAAAUAUUAAAAAAAUGAAUAAAAGGGAAAAAUACAAAAAAAAUAGCGCUGAUAAGGGACUAUAAUCGUAGAUACGCUAAAAAGUCUCGUCCAUAAUUUCGUUUUAGAAUAUAUUUUGUUAUAAAAAAAAAUACACGUGUAUGAGAUAAUUAUAAAGUAAUCAUAAUUACUGGAGGUUCGAAAAAAAAAAAUUGUGAUCAGGAAAUUAAUUGUCCGAUGGAUUAUUAUUCAAUCCCUAAACACUGGUGAUUAAUUACUAUAGGCUACAUUGUUAUUCAACGUACUAUCUGCACAGCAAGUCAAAUUUCCUGUUAUUUGAAGAUAAAGAAGGAGAAACGAACAAUAAAGCUUUAGAUCUACCCGAAUGAUCAAUAUCAAUCAAUAAAUAAUAAAAGUCAAAUAUGAAAAUACUUGAUAUUCGAAGAAUAUAUCGUGUAUGCCUUAACCGAUGAA